AUGGAGGAGCUGUUGUUGUAUUAUUACUGGCUUAUUAAGCUGCUUGCCAUCUCUUUCUUGGCAUUAGUUUUGUUGAUAAAGGUUGCAGUAUUACUUUGGUGGAGACCCCGAAGAAUUGAACACCAUUUUUCCAAGCAAGGAAUCAGAGGACCUCCUUAUCGUUUCUUCAUUGGCAAUGUGAAGGAGGUCGUGGAAAUGAUGUUACUGGCCUCUUCUCAGCCUAUGCCUUUCUCUCAUAACAUACUUCCUAGAGUUCUCUCUUUUUAUCACCAUUGGAAGAAAAUCUACGGUGCAACAUUUCUAGUGUGGUUCGGACCCACGGUUCGACUCACCGUCUCGGAUCCAGACCUCAUACGAGAAAUCUUUACUUCCAAGUCUGAAUUUUACGAAAAGGUUGAGGCUCACCCACUUGUUAAACAGCUUGAAGGUGAUGGACUACUUAGCCUCAAAGGAGAAAAAUGGGCUCACCAUAGGAAAAUUAUAACACCCACAUUCCACAUGGAGAAUCUCAAAUUGCUUGUACCUGUGGUGGCAAAGAGUGUAAUGGAUAUGUUGGUGCAAUGGUCGGCAAUGUCAAAUUCGGAGGAGGUAGAAAUUGAAGUUUCUGAAUGGUUCCAAACCUUAACAGAAGAUGUCAUUACGCGAACAGCAUUUGGUAGCAGCUACGAAGACGGAAAGGCCAUUUUUCGAUUACAAGCAAAACAAAUGGUCCUCGCUGCCGUGGCAUUCCAAAGAGUUCUAAUCCCUGGUUAUAGGUUCUUCCCAACAAAAAGAAACAUGAAUUCGUGGAAAUUGGACAAAGAAAUCAAGAAAUCACUUAAGAAGCUUAUCGAAAGGAGAAAAGGGAAUUCGAGCAUUAACAAGAUGCGUGAUAAUCAUCAAGAUAAUGGUCCUAAGGAUUUGCUAGGGCUAAUGAUUCAAGCCUCAAAUACAUCUACAGACGUAACCGUACUUGACAUAGUUGAAGAAUGCAAGAGCUUUUUCUUUGCCGGGAAACAGACCACAUCCAAUUUGCUGACUUGGACAACGGUCCUACUUGCAAUGCACCCACAAUGGCAGGAUCAGGCACGUGAGGAGGUUUUGAGGGUGUGUGGAUCACGUGACAUACCCACCAAAGAUGAUGUUGUAAAGCUUAAGACGCUGACCAUGAUUCUAAAUGAAUCCUUACGGUUGUACCCACCAACAAUCGCCACAAUCAGACGGUCCAAAGUUGAUGUAGAGCUGGGCGGCUACAAAAUUCCGCGUGGAACGGAGCUUUUGAUACCCAUCUUGGCCCUUCAUCAUGAUCAAUCCAUAUGGGGCAAUGAUGCAAAUGAAUUCAAUCCUGCUCGCUUCUUUGAUGGGGUGGCCCGCGCGGCGAAGCAUCAUGUGGCCUUCAUUCCAUUCGGGCUAGGAGUACGUACCUGCAUUGGCCAAAAUCUAGCCAUCUUGCAGGCCAAAUUAACGCUUGCUAUUAUACUGCAACGAUUCUCUUUUAGAUUGGCCACUAGCUAUCAACAUGCACCAACGGUUCUGAUGCUACUUUACCCCCAAUAUGGUGCACCCAUCAUGUUUCAACGUCUGCCCAAUCCAUGA